UUUGCAUCUCAUUUCAAUUCCCUUCAUAAUGCCUUAGGCUCAGCCGGUGCUGAAACGUCAGCAGAGAGAAAAAAAAAAUCGUUUUCGGUAUUCGGUACCGCAGUACAUAGGCCUACGACUACGUACGAUACGAUACGCUGGCUCUGACCGGACUCUGGGGGCUGGACCCAUUGCUGGACGCUGGCUGGACCCUAUGGCUGGACCACACAACGGACAGCAUGUACAGCGCCCCCAGGUGUCGGAACAGGGACAAAUAAUACGUGCCUCUUGAGGGCGCUCAUCAUCAGGUCACGAUAUGAUUCCUCGAUCACAAAUGCAUUUAUGCACGGUACCUAUAUGCACACUGCACUAUUCGUAAAAAGUGCAGUAGACAACAUGUGAAAGAUAUCUGCCGUGACUCGCCUGCCAUCUUGAUCUGGAGCAAUGGUCAAACUUACUCUACCAUAAUAACCCCAAACCUGUACAGACUAUUGUCAUCUUUCCUAGCUUCAGUUAUGGACAUAUGCAAGGAGCAGAGAAGCUGUGUUUCCGUUUCUCGUGAAUCCACAGAUGUUAUCUCUCCUCCCAGUCCUAAUCCUCCUACCUCACCUCCUUUGAUUCCCUCAUCCCCGUGCCAGCCUCCCCUUCCCUUGGGUGGAUUGGGAUCAUUAUCACACCCGACCAACAAUACAGUGUGGAAUGUUGCAUCGGCCGAUGCAAGGAAACCCUCAGCAACGGCAGGGAAGGAUGAGAUUUCAAGAGGGAUGCAAAAGUUGCUGUCAUGGAGAAUGUGCAAUGAAAGAGAUGACAGUGUAUGGAUAGCAAGCAACCGUCACACUGCACCUGUCCUUCAACAAGGCCCAGAGUGUGGUAUAGUCGCCCUCUGCAUGGCUGUCAACAUGUUGGGGCCAGUCUCUGCAGAUAAGAGACACAUCAUGAACACUGCCCAAGAGAAAGGAUUCACUAUUCAAGGGGAAAUGUUCUCAGCCACAAACUUACUGGACUUGGUGUCCUGUAGCUGUGGAGUCAAUGGCAGAGUUUUGGUAGGAAACAUGACGGAUAACCGAGAUGAUAUCAUCCUCCACCUUGCCAAUGGUUGGCCAGUCCUGGUGCCUUAUGACAAGGAUGCCAACUGUGAGCCAUGCAGCUUGAGGGGACAUAAAGCCCACUGGGCUGUCAUUUCAGGUUUUUUGCUGCAAUGCAGCAGAGCUGACUUUCCAGAUCUAAACUCGAAAGAGAUUCAUCAGGAUCCAGCUGCAUCCAACCUGUACUGCAUCAGCGUUGAUAACCACGAUGGGCUGUCCGAGCACACCAUCCAAACAGUUCAGGCUGUCCUACAAAGCCUUCCUGCCUCUGAUGUCUACCUCCUGGCCAGGCAGGGUAAGAGCACCCAUAUCCACCCCUGGAGGUACACUGCACUGUCUGACAGCAAUUCUAACCUCUUAGAACUCGGUAGCAGCAUCCAGGCAGACAUUGGCAAGUUUGUGAUUCCAGAGGGUGGUAUACAGGCAGGGUUGUGCAGUCAAGUGGUCUUGAUAAGGCCUUGAUUUGGGGAAAACCCUCUUUGGAGGAAAAUGUUGAGUUGUGCAGGAAACAUUGCUGCUGUGUCCAUCAAGUCCAUGGGCAAGGCACUUAACCUGAACCAUUUCUCUUGCCAGGACUUUUUUGCUGUCAUGGAACUCAAGUAUGACAGAAAAUAUCCUAACAAAUGCUGAAAAAUGGGGUUUUAUAUUUACAUCGCUGAGUUAGUUAUUUAAAGAUUGAAAUAAAUUAUUAACUAUUUUCUCGUGAAUCUUAUGAGUAGUGCCUUGUAGAAUUUGAGCAUUUUUGGGCAUUCAAAUUCUGAAGAAUGAAAUACUCCUACCUUUUAUAUGAACCGCCUGGAUUAUGUGAGAAAAGUUUUUACAAGUUCAUAGGCGGAUUGUUAAAAUUACAUGUUUUGACUGAAUAUACUUCCAGUGCUGUUAUUGAGCCAAUUCCGUUUAUAUUGCAGAAGUUUUAUUACAUAAUUUUGGAAAAUCACUUGUUUUACAGUUUGAAGUUCAAAAUUGAAUCCAGGUGUAGAAAUGAAAAAGAAGUAGUUGUGCAAAGGUUUUUCCAGAGAAUUAUUUUUUUAGUAGUUGUGUUCAUAUAUUUAUUUUUGGGGAGGGGCAGUUGACGGGAGGUGGACCUUAAAUUGUUGAAGAAUUGAAGUGCUUUACAAAUAAAAAAAACAAUGAGACCACAUCCAAUUAUUCUUAGAUAUCUGUUCUCAUUUUAUUAGGUCGUUGUUUGGCUUUCUAUUUAGGACAAUAAAGAAUACAGUCAGCAAACCAUUUUACAUUGUAGUCCCACUAGUUACAAAGUAAUGGUGCAAUUGAUGUUGAGUUUCAAGGAGAAAGAUGUUUUGAAUUCUUGGGCCAUGUACACAUAGACUAUUCUGGUGCUGAUACUUGGAAGCCAUUACUCAGGUGGUAGCACACUUGUGA